UCGUCUUGAUUAGUCGAUGAAAUAUUAUUCUAACCUACAGGUAGAUUUUCGACCUAAUUCGGAAUAUUUGUCGAAAGUUGUCAUUUUCUUUCUUUUAAUAUCAUCUGUAUAUAGAAAACUGCAAGGUCGAAAUUUUUGACAAUUGCGCGUGAAAGCGCGUGAAUGUUCGAAGUGGAUGUUUUUAUGUAAAAAGAAAAAUAUAUAUAGAAAUAUAUAAGUUUCAGUGUUGUAAGUGUUUGACUUGAGAAAAUAUGAGUAACAGUGACGAAGAAUCGCAUAAUAUUCAAUUUAAGAAGAAGAAAAAGAAGCAGUUAAGGAAACGUGAAGUUUUGUCAGAUGACAAUGACAGCGAGAGUGAAAAAGUAUCUGUCAGAGAAAAAGUGGAAGAGAUGAAGAUUAUUCAGAAGCUUCGUGAAAGACCAGCAGGUAUCAAUGUCGUUGGUUUAGCUCUUGGAGAAAAUGCUGCAUCCGAUGCAAUAACAUCUGAUCCCUUUAACAUGAAGACUGGAGGAAUGGUAAAUAUGGCUGCAUUAAAAAAUACAAAACACAGGCAAAAUGAUGCAUACGAAACUGGCAUUGGAACACAAUUUAACGCAGAGACUAAUAAACGGGAUGAAGAUGAAGAAAUGGUUAAAUACAUUGAAGAGGAAUUAUCAAAAAGGAAAAGUAAAAAUAAUACUGAUAAUGCAGAUAGUGCGUAUAAUGAAAAAGGAUCAUAUUGCUCACCUGAAGAAGCAGCGUUACGUGCAGUACCAGGACACUUAAGACAAAGUUCAACCAAUCGUAGCGAGGAAAUGCUUUCAAAUCAAAUGCUUUCUGGUAUUCCAGAAGUUGAUCUUGGCAUAGAGGCUAAAAUUCGCAAUAUUGAAGCUACAGAAGAGGCAAAGUUAAAACUACUUUGGGACAGACACAGAAAGAAGGAUGGACCAUCGCAGUUUGUUCCUACUAAUAUGGCUGUAAAUUUUGUACAGCAUAACAGAUUUAACAUAGAAGACUCAGAUUUCCAGAAAUCACAGCAAGAAUCUGAUGACAAGAAAAAAAGUGCUACUAAAGAAGAUGCUCGAGGAAAGCGAAAAGAUGGAGAAAAGGCGACAGAUGAUUAUCAUUAUGAGAGAUUUAAAAAGCAAUUUAGGCGAUUUUAAAUUAAAUUAUCUCAUUAAUCAAUCUUAUUCAUAUACUUUUUAUCUUGAUAAGAUUUAUAUAUUAACUGUACUGUAAUAUGACUACAAAAAAUUAUGAAAAAACAAUUC